CUCAGUUCUCGGGUGACGCGAGACCCUUUCGAAGAGACUCGGAGCUUUCUGCGGGCAGAAUAAAAAGAUCGUUACUCGUAUCUCACCCCGUACUUACACCAUAUCGUGAAAUCCUUCCCCCCGCUCGAUUUUUAUAUCCGACCCUCCUCCCCCCGCCGUGAUGUCGUCGAAUCAUGCUUCUCUCGAUGCGGCGGCAAAUGAGCGCAAAGCACGCCUUGCAAAGCUUGCUGCGCUGAAGCGGAAACAACCGGAGCCAGAGCCAUUGACCGAAGCUGGUGCCGCCGAUGAAGAAUUGGAAGAUGCUGCUCCAGAUGUAACAAAGCAAUACCUCUCCGGGAGGAACUACGACGCAGAAAUGCGCGGCCCAAAGCUGGGCUUCGACACCGCCCCAUCAGAUGGUCAGAUUACCGUGGAAGCGCAGGCUGCAGAAAUCGCAAGGGCCACCGCAGAAAAAGCCAAGGAGGAUGAGGAAGGUGACCAGCCCAUUGACCUCUUCAAGCUACAGCCCAAGAAGCCGAAUUGGGAUCUGAAGCGGGAUCUGGAUGAGAAGAUGAACGUCCUCAAUGUUAGAACUCAGAACGCGAUCGCGAAAUUGGUCCGCCAACGGAUAGAAGAGGCACAGCGCGCAGCUCAGGCGAAAGGAGCAGGUGCCAAUGGAGGUGAACAGGGCGAGGAAGUCGGCAUUGAAGGUGAUAUGUUGGUCCAGGGCAUUCAUGUCCGUGAGAGGGAAGAGGAGGAGGCAGGCAAUGAUCUGGAGGAUGACGAGGCAUGAUUUUGAUACCCCAUGGGAAGAUGUAUGGUAGCAGCUGCGAUUCGGUCUCAUCUCUUUGCAUCUUGCUUUUACAGGCGCCCACAGUUGGAG